AUGGAGGUCGCUCGUACCUCCUUGAUUCAUGCGGCUGCCCCCCACUUUCUGUGGCCGUUUGCAGUCCGAUACGCUGCGCAUCAGCUCAACCUCUGGCCCCGUGUCUCCUUACCGGAGACCUCUCCGACACUGCGUUGGACGGGAGAGGCUGGCGAUGCGUCGCGUUUUCGGGUCUGGGGAUCUCGAGCUUUUGUUCGCGAUACGUCCGCGGACAAGCUCUCCCGUCGAGCUGUCCCCUGUGUCUUCCUUGGCUUCGUCCCGGACGCGCCUGGUUGGCAGUUCUACCACGCCACCUCGCGUCGUGUCCUGGCCUCUCAGGACGUCACUUUUGACGAGUCCGUCCCCUACUACCGCCUCUUCCCCUACCGCACUCCCCCCCCCCGCCUCUCUUCCUCGCUCCAGGUAGACCCGGGUGAGCCUGUCGAGGUAGCUGUUGACUCUCGCCCUUCUGGGGGUGCUGAGCCUGACCGUGAGGAGUCUGAGGGUACUGAGCCUGGGGGUGCGGAGCCUGGGGGUGCGGAGCCUGGGGGUGCGGAGCCUGGAGGUGCGGAGCCUGGGGGUGCUGAGCCUGGGGGUGCUGAGUCUGGGGGUGCUGAGCUUGGAGGUACUGAGCCUGGGGGUGCUGAGCCUGGGGGUGCUGAGUCUGGGGGUGCUGAGCCUGAGCGUGCUACACCUGGAGGAGCCCUCUCCUCCCGGCAGCUGCAGGAGAGGUACCUACAGUACUGCCGCCUCCGGAGAGGUGCUACUGGAGCUCGCACCAGUACUUCCCCUCCUGCCCAGGAGCUCCCCCCCAUUCAGCAGAUCCGAGAGUGGUACACGCGGCGCUGCAGUCUUCGGAGUGGUGCUCCUGGUGCUGCGGACCCUGGGGGUGGCGCUGCUGCUGGUGCUGAGGACCCGGGCGUUGGAGCUGCUGCUGGUGCUGCGGACCCGAGCGGUGGCGCUACUGCUGGUGCUGAGGACCUGGGCGUUGGCGCUACUGCUGGAGCUGAGGACCCGGACGGUGGAGCUGCUGCUGGUGCUGAGGACCCGAGCGGUGGCGCUGUUGCUGGUGCUGAGGACUCGGGCGUUGGAGCUACUGCUGGAGCUGAGCACCCGGACGGUGGAGCUGCUGCUGGUGCUGAGGACCCGAGCGGUGGAGCUGCUGCUGGUGCUGAGGACCCGGACGUUGGAGCUGCUGCUGGUGCUGAGGACCCUGUCGCUGGUGUCCCUGCUGGUUCUGGAGACGCUACGCGACCGCGACCGUACUUCGUACCACUUCUUCAGCAGGUUCUUGGUCAGGCUCCUCCUCCUUGUCCUCCUUCCUCCGUAGAGUGUCCUCCGCCUGUCCAGUCACAGUCACAGUUCCCGCCUGCCUCGCCUCUCCCUGCUCCCUCUCCUUACACUGGUCCCACGGGAGGUCUUACAGAGCGUCGUGAGCCUGAGUCUCGUCCUGCGUCGCCUGUUCGUACUGCUCGCACUGGUCGUCGUGUCCCACGUGAGCGUCCUCCUCCUGUCCCUGGCACUCACUACAUGACUCUGCGUCCCUCCACUGCUCCUCAGCGUGUUCCGCUGCCGUCUCCUCCUGCGUCCUCUCUGCCUACUCUUCCUGAUCCGGAGUCUGACUCCCGUCGUGCUGCCAGUCCCACUGUCACCCGUCUCCUCGCUACUGUUGUCACUGACCCUACCUUUGAGUCCUCUGCUGCGUCUGCUCUGGUCGCUGAAUGA